AGGAGGACAUAAACCCUUGUCUCAUAAAUAUAGUGUAGAUUGGUAUGCACCAAUCUAGUAUAGAGAUGUUCAAAAUAGAACAAUCUGGGAAUGGAACACUCUUCCUUAUAGUUUGAUACUAAAUGUAAAUAGGUACAUAUGACCUCACCUAUUGAUCUAUUAUGUAAUAGCAUCAUUAAUAGUGAAGUGAUUUCUUCUUGGCCUGAAUCUGAAAUUUGGAAUGCCCUCUUGUUCUAACUUCAAAGUAGCUCUAACCUUAUUGGGAAGAGAAACAACUUCUGUGAAGAUAGCUUGCGUGAUGGUGUUCUCAUCCAUAUUUGCUAGCUGAUCAGCAAUGACAUUUUCUUCUCUGAAAAUAUGAACAAAGAUUUGCAAGUGAAACAUCCAUUAUAUUAACUUCAAUGUGAAAUAUCGAUUGCAAUAAACAAGACCAAGAACAACCCAAUAUUCUCACAAUAUGGGAUUCAGAGAUAAUAAUGUAUGUGCAACUUUACCCUUAUCUCGUAGAGGUACAAAGUUGUUUUCGAUAGAGCCGCGGGCUUAAGAAAAAAAGUAGGAAAGAAGUCGUGUUGAAAAUUAUAAAAUAAUAUUUUUUGUCAAACAUUAAAAGAUUUUAUUUAGCCAAGUAAUAUAUGUACAAUCACUAGUUCUUUUUGGACUAUAAGAACUAGGCCUCCUAUUUUCAUAUUCUACCUAUUACAUAGAUAGAACUAAACUCUAUAGCUAUGUGCUGCGAAAAGCAAGGAAAAUUAUCUAAGCUAUUCAAUAUCCUGCUCCAUCUAUUGUGUCACUGCCCUCUAAUGUGCAGUUGGAGUACAAUAUCCCUGAUAAUAUUUUUGGUGUUCUGUUUCUGUCCUUGAAAUCUUCGAGCAUUGCAUUCCCUCCAUAUGUGAUAGAUUGUUGUAGCAAAGAGCAACCUAACACUUCUGCUCGCACUCUAUUGUUGUGUACCCUUCUUGAGAUCCAUCUAACCUCCUUUGUCCACGUUCCCAAUUGCAAAUAAUAAAAUUGUUUGCAAUCAAUUUAUUUAAAAAAUUACAAUAGGAUCCCUUAUUUUCAAUUUCAAUUUGACAUUGAAAUUUAAAGUUAUAAAAGUUCAAUUUAAAAAUAUUUUGACACUCAUGAAAUUUCAACUUCAAAGCAAACCACAUAUUUAAACACAAUCCUUUUCUUAUUUUUUUUAAUAAUAAAAUUUUAACCAAAUAUUGUUGAAACUCCAUACCACGAGACUAUUGAGUUCCAUAUUUAAUCCGCUUUUUUUAACACGCGCUACAACUUUGCACCUCUUUGAAAGUGUUAUGAACUCAACAGAACGAUACCUUGAUUAAAUUUUUAAAUAAACUGAUUAUAAUAGAACUAACAAAAUAGUAACAGACCUCGUGUCUUGUUCUCGGGCCCAUAGCUCUUCUCAGAUAUUAGGUUGGAGCUGAUUCAUAACAGACACAUAAAACGUAAAGCAAAGCAAUAGAACCUCAGAAAGCAGGGGAUUGGAGGAGAGAAGGACGGUGACGUUUCAUCAACAAACAAACGUUGCAUUCUUCUGCCUUUCCCCUUCACCCUAAAGAAGUAGUUAAAACUGAAAUUGACAUUGGAAAUUGGAAGGAAAAUGGUGGACUUGGGCAGGGUACAAAAGGAGCAACAAGAAUGUAAUAAAGUUGUUCAGGUUUCUGGAACUGGAAUAAUAGUAAGUCCUAAAGGCGACAGUCUCACUCACUUGAUUGGUACAAUUCCUGGUCCUUCUGAUACUCCUUAUGAAGGCGGCACUUUCAAGAUCGAUAUCACUCUUCCUGAUGGCUAUCCAUUUAAGCCUCCAAAAAUGGAAUUUGCAACAAAAGUGUGGCAUCCCAACAUUAUUAGUCAAAGUUGCGCGAUAUGCCUAGAUAUCCUGAAAGACCAGUGGAGCCCUGCACUCACUCUCAAGACAGCUCUCCUUUCUACAGUAUCUUAGAGACUAUCAGACCUUUUUUGGCACAGCUCGUUACUGGACUGAGACUUUUGCAAAAAUAUUUUCAUACUUGGUGCUGAGGAGAAAGUGUGCAAUUUGUUAAAGCUUUAUUUUUCUUUUUACAUUUUUAUCCAGCUAGUAAAUAGGACAACUUUUAACAAGUUUUGUUUGAUCUUGCAUAUUUGCUGGUCACCUACUGUGAUCAAAUUGACUACUGAAUGAUUAGAAUUCAAAGCACAGAUUCAAAGACUUGUGGAAAUGGGAUUUGACGAAGGUCAAGUGAGGAGUACACUGGAAGCAACAGGUUGGGAUGAAAACAUGAUACCUGAAAAGCUAUGCUCUGGCUGGAACCUUCUCUACUGAAACUCAAUUUUUUGAAUAUAGAAGACUUUAUGCUGCCAUGAGAAAGAUGAAAUACAAAAGGCAUGACUUGAUUGGCCAAUUUUUUUUUCCUUUUCUAUGAUUCUUGGUUAACUCUUCAUCUCUGCUUGUGACUUUUCUGAUGUGAUUUUAUCAGUAUCAAGCAAAAUGCAUCUGAACCUGCAGAAGUGGAAUUGUUCAUAGUAAAUGUGCUUUUAAGAAUUCAACAUAACCUUUUCUUUUUGUGUAUUUUAAUUCUUUUAAGAUAAUUUUCAACAAACCAACCUUUUGAUGAUAAUAUUUUACUUCAUAUGAAUCUUUAGGCCUGAAAUCUCCUUGUUCCCCCACAGGGAGAGAAAAUUUACAUUAUUUUAAGGAUAUAGCCACUACAGAUUAUUUUUUCCUGGGGAUUUCUUGAACUUUGACGUAUACAGAGGUGCAAACUGACUGGAGGACUAUAGUCAGCCUAUGCCAAGGGAAAAAUAAUGAGACUUCGAGAUUGGAGAGCUAGCAAAUGGCGUUGUAGUGUAUUCAUUUGCUUGGUGUAAACACCUGGUGCGGGUAAGUUGUUACCUUUAUCAUCUCAGUAAAUCAGAAUUAUGGCAAGUGCCCUCAUUCUUAGGAAUAUGGAUCUUAUGUCACCACACCACCGCAUCUCAAAAAUAAUCUCGCAAAGAUGGCAUUGUUAAAUAACACUAUUGGAGAUGAAGCUAGGCGAGCUCCUCGUCGCGCAAGCACAAAGAUUGUGACCAUGUAUUGAACUUCAACUCUAUUUCACUCAAAUGUGUAAUUCAGCUGACUGGAAUUCCAGAUAAUAUUGACAGCCAUGACCAACAUGCCUUCUCCAUCAACAUGGCCAAAGGGUAUAGUUAUAUUUACUGUCUCAUGUGUAUUCUUAAAAACCACUUAGGAUAAAAGAAAGCACUAACUUUGUUUAUGCAACUUUGGGCUGACAAAUACCAAAUCUACCCAUCAUUUAUUGAAACCAUAAGGAAAGAGUAUGUCAAGACCUAAAAUGUGUUCCAUCUGGCCGUUUCAAGGAUAACACCCUAACUAAGGCCUAAAGUUCUUAUAGUCUCAGGUAUCUUUUUGUGGUGAGGGUAGGUCCAUCUGAGGAUUUCCAAAUGAAUUGUGGGUUCUAUACAGGUGGGAUGUCGUUUGAUUUAUGAUCUACAUAUAGCUUGCAAAUUUAUACUAUACUGUUUUAUUCUUUUAAUCAUUUAAAAUAAGGAAAUUAUAUAUUAUGGAGAAAAUUUUUACAAAUUUCGGGCUGAAAUUUUGUACAAAUUUCAAUCACAGUGUAUGGUAAUUUCCUCUUUCUUCUUAUAAAUAUACACCUCAAUUACGAUGGGUCUUCUCAUUCUUUUUAUAAGUAUACAAACCUCGAUAUAUCAUUAUCACAAUCCUAAGCAUCUCAGAGAAAAUCUUACAAAAGCAAUGACUUUGUCUAAUGAUAUUGGAGAAAAAGGUAGAGAAGUACUCGCUGCUCAGGCACACACAUGGAACCAUACAUUCAACUACAUCAACUUCAUGUUACUCAAAUGUGCAAUUCAACUUGGAAUUCCAGAUAUCAUCCACCGUCAUGGCCGAGCCAUGACACUCUUCGAAUUGGUGGAUGCCCUCCCAAUCAACAAGUCUAAAGGUCAGGAUUGAAUUUAUCGUCUCAUGCGUAUUUUAACUCAUGCAGGUUUCUUUAUUCAGACCAAGAUUAACGAAGAAGAAGGGAUUAUUUACUUACUCCGACUUCGUAUCUCCUCCUCAAAGAUGAGCCUAUGAACAUGAUCCCUUUUAUACAACAAAUGCUUGAUCCAACUUUCAUGGAUCCGUGGGAUCGGCUGAGCAAAUGGUUUCAGAAUGACGAUUCUACCCCAUUCGCUACUACUCAUGGGAUAUCGUUGUUUGAAUGUCGGGAAGGAACCCGGGCUUAACCGUCUGAUUAACGAAGCCAUCGCUAGUGAUGCCCGAUUGAUUAUACGUGUGGUGAUCAGAGGCGGACCUACGUUGCCGGUUGAGGGGUCACGGAACCCCUUUAGCAUCGGCAAAAACCCUAUAUAUAUAUAUAUAUAUAUAUAUAUACCCCUUAAAUAUUUGACUUUGCCCCCAAGCACAAAAAGGCUUACCGGAGAAGUGGUUGCUUUGGUCGCUUAAAUUCCCUCAGCUGGAAGACGUAGCGAAACCCUCUUCAGCUUUUUCUCCUUUUUAUUUUAGUUCUUUGAAUACAAUAUAAUUUAUAGCAUUCCCUCCGUUCCAG